AUGAGUUUGCGGGGUAUUUGGGUGUUUUCUAGUCUUGAGAAAGCUGCAGAAUGCGUUAUCUUUUCAAGGUAGCCAAAGUUAUGCUUUGAUAAAAGUAUAAUAGUUUUAAUUUUAUCAGUGGUCAAAAUUUCUUAACGCAGCGACCAACACUAAAAACAGCGCAGAAGAAGUAUAGAUUAAGAAAAAAAAAACUCCCCUUAAACGUACUCUGUUAGCUUUAUUUGUGACUGGUUUGUUUUCCUUCGUUUUCACCUGGUGUAGACAACAUUAUGAUGACAACAGGAAACAAACACAUCAAUUUCAAGACAGCUUAAUCUUAUUCAUUGUCACAUGAAUGGAUAAGCAACAGGCGUCACUUUAUUAGUAUUAUGACUAGAGGCUUAGAGCCACUCUUAAAUGGGCUCCUUUCAUGCAUGUGUAUUCAUGCUUUAGUUCAUGGGUCCUUGAGGUUACUGUUGUAGUCUUUAGACUUUGUUCUUUACCCACAAGGGAGUGAAUGGUAGCACACUUAAGGCUGUGACGUUGGAUCAUAAUUAUAAUUGUGAGUUUUUUUACCAUACUGUCAUAUCUUUCAUUCAAUUUAUUGGCAAACACAUCUUUUGUCGGCUAAACUUCAGAAAAACCCACCCACUUAUUUUGAAGAACAAAAUAGCCUCUUGUGUCACAUAGGGGUGCCCUGUCUUUUUGCUGCAAAGUCAUUCUGCUACAUUGUGAAGUCAAUUUGCUGCAAAAUAUUUUUUGAUUCAAUGUAUCACAAAACUGAUUCCUGUUUUCAUAGAUGAGUAGCUUCAAGACAUAUUUUCAUGGAGCUCAUUGCAUUCACACUACAUUCUUCCUUGUUCUGCGUAUUCGUAAAGCUUCUUUACCUUGAAGCCAGGUUUAUAUCAUUGCACAUCACUUAGGCUAGUUUUUGCGAGUAAGUUGAAACCAAUCCAGCACAAGAAUGAUCAACAAGAAGGGAAGAAAGUAGCCCAAAAGUACUCUGUUUAAGUCUGUUUUUAUUUCUCUAUAGUAUCAUAGAAUGUAGCUCUCACUCCCUAUAUUCUCACUUUUCUCAGUUUUUGAGUUCAGUGUUGUGCAGUAAGGGUUACACACCAAUGGUUCUUUCAGAAAUUACCAAGUAAAUCUGUUAAAGUAAGGGCUGUAUUAAUGAUUAUGUCAUAUAUCUAUAACAACAUUGCUAAAAGAUGCUGUUGCAAAAUAGCUUCAAUAUUCAGUGAGUAUGACUUUGUAGCAGAAUAACCGGUAACCAUUGUGUCAUGCUUCCUACCUUUAAAGCAUAAAAGUGGCUGGGUAUUGAGAAGUUGCCCUCCUUUGUCUUUAUAGGCGCUUUCCAACAGUUGAGAGGCGAGCAGUGUUGCAUCAGGAAGGAAAUGUUUUGACACAAAUUCCUAGUGAUGAAGAGCUAUGUGAUUCAGUACUGAAAGAGCUAGGAUCAAGAAGGAACCUUGCUGCUGGUUUAGAAGAGGUUUGUGAUGUUGGUGGUAUAAGUCAGCUUUUUAACUCAACUGCACCUUCAAAUCUCCCCAUUUGUUUGUUUUCCAGUGCAAUUUGAGCUUUUGGUAGGGUCUUUUCAGCCAGUAAAAUUAGCCAGCUGCCAGCUUUUAUAUAGGGACAUCCCUGCAGCCUUGAUGUAGUUUACCAGCCCAGGAGCCCAUCAAAUGGAGCCUCCAUCUCCCAUACAAGCCCUUGGAGUCAACCCUUUUGCGAGUAGAUUUAUAAUUAGAACAGUUCCCAGAGGAGACUUUGCCCACAGACAGUGGGAAGAGCCAAUCACAAUGAGGAAAUGACAUUGCCAUUGUACUUCAUCAAACAGCAGGAAAUUCGUUGUUAACAGGCCAAACACAAUCAUAAGCUAGUGAAACAUGACUUAAGUGUUUUCAUCCCUCAGAGAUUUUCUUUCUUUUCUUUUUAGCCGGUAGAUUAUACUGUGGAGAGUUUUAAACUCUGACUGUGUUAAUCUUAAUUAUUUUUGGCUGCUUGUCUCACAUUAAGAGGCCAUGAAGCUGGUCUGUUCCAUGCAUAAUGAUUAACUACUUUCCGCAGUCUGUAGUUGUGACAGGAUUCGUUUUCUUUAGCCAUUUGUUUUAAGCAUUAAGGUUCUUAUUUUGGCUAAAUGACUCAAUAUUAAUCAAAUUUCUAGUUUUUUCAAGGUUUUUUUUCUAAAAUGCAUUUAUCUGAAUAAGUACUAGUAGUCCUUGAGGUUGUUUUGUCCGUCAGCUAGUGUGUCAGUGAUGAUUCCCUUUUAUGUGUUGUAACACUGGGCCCAGCUAUUUAACAUUGUUUUCUUGCGAAAAGUGAUCCAGAGAUGCGAAUUUGAAGGAAAGCAUUGAGCUUAAACUUCUACAUUAACUGCUGAGAAUUGUCCCAUUAGUCAGUCAUAAUUCUUUUGGCACAGAUACAAUCCAUUUUGUUUUUCUUGAGAUAAGUGGGUCUUUGGACUAGAGUGUGAUGUCACAAAUUACCCCGUUAGCAAAUUACUUUUGAGUUAGCUUCAUAGUCGAGGAACUGUUCUCUUCUGUUCAACUUUUCAAGUGCCACUUUUAUCAGGCAACACUCAUGGUAAUACAAGUCAGUUGUAAAGGAAGACUGCAAUUUCUCAAAUUUCAGAACUAAAGCAUUCCUCUUUAGUAGCUACAGGCUGUACCCAGGUCAUCAAUUUUGCGCGUGUUGCUUAACUGGUAAAAUCCACUCCAUGGUGAUGCCAAAAAUCAAAUCCUGGCCCUUUUUUGCGCUGAUCAUCAAAAAGUUCCAAAUCGUCCACAGAACACUUAAUGGUCGACUCUUUUGAAGUGCAUGCUUACCUUUGGGAUGUUAGCCUCCCACGCAGGUGUUUUUAGGGGAGCUCGUAUUUCGUCCCUCCCCACAAACGCCUGCUCAACCGAGGACAACAUUCCUUUCCCACGCUUAGCCAAUCACGUUGUACUUUCCAAAUUCUGGAAAGUCAACCUUAACCGCAGGGUAACCUCAUAAAUAAAAUUAUUACCUGAUCUGCAUGAAACUUUGAGAAACCUUCAUGACCUCUAAUAAAUGUUUGUCUCAGAGGGGCAAAAGUAAGAUUUACUCAGUCAGAUUUUAGAAUUCACCGUGCACUGCACAACCUUAGCGAAGGACAGAAAAGAAGGAAAAAGGUAACUCUAGGGUCACAUUCUGGGUCACAUUUUUUCACUAUCACGAGCUUAUGAGUCAUGUUUAGCCUGUCAACACGUUAUUUAAAAACUGUUGAUUGGUCACUUACCACGCGAAUGUAACAAUGGGAAAGGAUGUUGUUCUCGGUUGAGCAGGCGUUUGUGGGGAGGGAAGAAAUACAAGGUCCCCUAAAAACAACUGCGUGGGAGGCUAUUGGGAUGUAUGAUGGCCAAAAAAAAAAAGACUCGCAAAGAUAAUCUUUUCGUGAUCCUCAGUUAGCUGCCUUUGUCCCAUUGCUUCAUGCUUAAUCUCAGUCGGGUAAUUCAUUAACUUUUAUUUCAUGAUACCCAGAUCCCAGUGGCUGUAAAAUCAUAAAAAUGGAUGCAUAGUAAUAAAGGAAAACGGUCGAAAGACAGGCUUCUGAGUUCGACUUCAUCCAACUUUAUAUUUUUCACGGUGACAUAUGAGAAUCACGGAAAUAUGACACUUUUCACGGGAAACAAGCCAUUCUAUUUAUAAAUCUACUUGGCAAAGGGUUGACUCAAGAAAUUAAUGGAGAUGAAGGCUCCAUUUGAUGGGCUCCUGACCAGUCCAAUUUCUAACGCAUGUGUGGCUUUGUUCAUCACAUAAUAACCUAGUAUGGCUUCGAUACUGAUGACUGCAUGUAUGGUAGUAAAUGUGUAAAGAAAUAAUCUGAUUAUCUGACAUUUUUUUUAAAUUAAAGUAGUAUCACCUGAUAUCUAUCUUUCAACCAGUAUUCCCAAUUUUAAUGUCAUUCAUGCAAAUAUGUAAAUUAAUUUGAAAAUUCCUUCUAUAUCAUCUACAAAAUUGCACCUGUUUUUUUCAUGAUAAAGCAGUGCACUGUUUUGUUUCUAGUUAAUAUCUAGUAAUCUGUUUUCUUUUAAGAAUAAAAGAUAAUGAGAUACACAAUGUACCAUAUUGUCCUAUGUUGUGUAUUUCUUAUCUAAAAUUCCAGGUAUAUUGAACCGUUUUUAAGUGUAUUUUUUGACAGGGCCAUAUUUUACUCCAUGGCCGAGUUGUUUGACUACCAGCUAGCUGUAGUAUUUGAUCAGGCGUGGAUCCACAUUGGUUUCCACUAUUUUAUGGAAAUUGGUCAGAUUUUUCACAAUAGAUAUAUUUUUAAUAAAGAAAAAAGUUUCCAAGUUGCAAGGCUUCAUCUGGGGAGAAUGGGACUGGCCAAGAUCCUGUCUGAAUGACUCAGAAACCCAGGAAAGGGGACUUUAGGGAGUUAAAAUCUGAAAAAUUUCCUGCAGGAGCAUGCCACUGGAGCCCCCUAGAAGCUUGUGCCUUUGAUGCUCAUUUAGGAAAUUAGUCAGUAUUUAUGCUAGAUCCAUGCCUGUUGAUUGAGACUGAAAUCAGAAUAAUUGAGUUGACAUAGUAACUAACCUAGGAAAAGCACAAUCAUCUGUCAAACAAUUCAGCAGUCAACUUGGCCAUUGUGUAUAUUAGGACUGGAAGGACUAAUAGGUUAUACCCAAUGCUGUAGUCUAUUUUUAAUUACUGUCCUUGAAUUUAGUUUGACAGAGAUAUUGAUUCCUGUAGCAAGCUGGAACACAAGCCUGUCCAUGAAGUGAGGCUUAAAACAGGUUCCUUGUGGCCUGUUGUCGUCAUAGAAAAGGUAACAGUCUGCAACUCUGGGAACAUGUUUCUCCCGAGGGCUUCUGAUAAGUUUGUUAAAGUUUUGUUUCCUCUCAUUGCAGUUUUAAAGUUUGGAGAAACAAAAUAAAAAUUUCUAAUGAGUCAGUGGAGGAUCUGGGGGAGGGGUUCGGGGAACUUGGCUCCCCACCAUUCCUUGAGGCCAAACUGAGGCCUGCAGGUCCAAGAAAGAUUAUUUUUAAGACUGGGCUUCCCCUCUUACAUCUUAGGAACCGGAUGAGCGGGCCUGGCCCCAGACUUACUAAGAUCUGAUUCUGUCAAAGUGUUGAGUUAUCAAUGGCAUGUUGAUAUUUAAACCUGAUAAAACAAGAUCUGCUUGUUUUUUAAUACACCCAUCCAUGUUGGAAGGAGUUCUGUCCAAAUCUAACUUUUGAUUGCAGCAUACUGAUGCAUUGAAGUAAUAAGUGUGAAUGUGCUGUGAUAUAGACUUCAGUUGUGGGCAGAAGACCUACUUGUUUUCAAUAGCACUGUACAUAAAUGUGCAGAAUAAAUCAAUUGAUUCUUUUUAUUCUUUAUUGAUAUUGAUGUUGAUGGUAUUAAUUUGUCUAAUAAAUUUAUUUAAUUGUUUGUUUUUUCAGUUUGGCUUGGUAUUUAUCUGUAUUCCAUUGGUAGAAACUGAUCUAUCACAGGGAAAUCCACCACUAGUAAAACUGUAAGUUAUUUUCAAAUAAUAAGUAGAACAAAUUCAUUUUUUACAGGUCAUGGUAACUGUAAAUAUUUUUCUUUGCUCAUUACAGACUGUAAUUAUUGGAACAUUUAUUUUAGAUGUUAGACUUGUUAAAAUUGCAUGUGACUGCAGAUUUAAAUUGAAAAAAAAAAGCAUAAGCAACCAUUUUGCUCUGAUAAGGAUACCUUUCCCAACUGUGAGUUAUUCAAGUCUCAAUCUAAAGAGUCACGAAAGAAUGAAAUCUCUCCUUUAGUUCCAAGAUCGUGAGUUCUGGCUUAUGAUUGUCAUAAUGAGUUCACUGAAGGAGAAAAAGAAAUUGGAAAGAAAUUUGUGAAUAUAGCAUCUCAGUCAGGAAAGUUUGUUUUGUAUGAAAACGGAAUAAAUUUUUAUAAGGUUCUUUAAUUAAGUCAUUUGCAUUUGUUACAUGAUGUUUAUAAAGGCCUGGUGUGUCCUUGGGAUACUCUCUACUUCAUUCAAUAAUGGACUUCAUUGGCAACUGGUCUUCUAAAGAACAGGUUGGUAGUCUAACAGUACCGGUACUUCUUUAACCAACUCUGUCUCUCUUCUUCCAUAUAACCCACGCAAUUUGCAGUAUGAUAUCAAAUGAAUGGCAUCAAUAGUAGGAAGGAAAUUACUUAGGUGACGUUUAGUCAUAUUUUUUGGUGCUGGAAAACAACUGUCAGUGAAGACAAUGCUUAUUUUAUUUCUAAUAUAACUUAUUUCAGUUGCAGUAUAAAGUGUGUGAGUUAUACAAAGUUCUGUGUGCAGUUGCACCGUUUGGGACACCAGUUGAUACAAACUUUAGCUCUAUUCAAGCUCUCAUUAACAACAAAGAUGUCAUCAUACCUCAAAAAGGCAAGGUGUGUAGCCAGUGUGACUAGAUGAUUUCAGUGCUGUGUGCGAAUAUUAAGUUUUUGGGUGUCUAGAAAACGACGACCUAGAAAACAAAGACCUACGACCCAUAAAACACUGACCUAGAAAGCAACAAGCUAGGAAACAACAAUCUAGAAUGCUCAGCUUUCGUUAUAUACGCAUUUAGUCACAACCAUUGACUAAAUUCUGAACGGUACAUUUCAGGGCCAUUGACAAAAUCUGAAUCAGACAGGAUUGUUCAAGUCCUUUUGUCAUUAAGUAUAAAAAUACAUGGGUUUGAUCCUAUCGGACCAGACCUGGGUUUUGUUCAGUGAUGGCUUCAUCUCAGUGAUGAAUCAAAUGAUGACUAUUUGCCCAGCGAUUUAUGUCGAUAAGCCUCAAAAACCUGUGUUGAAAACAUUUCACUACUGUGAUAAAAUACAAUUCACAGCCAAUUAACCAAGCAUAGGAUUCUAACCAAGGAACUGUGAUAAAAUAAGGAGAGCGGAAGCUUGCUGCUUGCCCCUCCAGCUUAGUAAGGCGCUGCCAUAGGUAGUAUCAAAUUCAAGUCUACAUCCCUGCAUUCAACAGUGAAUUUUUCACAAUAACUUCUCUGUAUUUGCCAGAUUGACAAAUAUUUGAAUGGAGUACGUGGCUAUGACUCUAAAACCAUUUUCAAGAUGGAAAGCAAAGGUUGUCAGGAGGCCCUCAGCCACUAGACAAGUCAUGUGAAGGCCUGAUAAUAGCAAGCUUUUCUGUAUGACCAAUUUUGCUAGACAAAUUUUUUUCCAGUAAACAUUUUAUGACCAAUGAUUAAAAAUUCUUAUUGGCUGUUUUACUACUAACAAUUAAGCCCACUGAAGCAGAUUCUUUUUUAAAAUUAUAAAUAUAGUUUUUUUAAAACUAUAAUUAAAUUUGACCUCAGUUCAACUUCCUUUACUGUGUCAUAAUUUUCUAGGUCGUUGUUUUGUAGGUCGUCGCUUUCUAGGUCAUCACUUUCUUGGUCGUUGUUUUCUCUUCUACUACUUCUAACUCUAUAAUCAAGUGAAAAUUGAUUUUUACAUACCUUUGUAGCAACCUGCUUGGAAACCAGUCCAGCACAAAGGAAAGCAACACCUUGUGUUUAAUGUCAAAGAAGAGAUCCGAGCUGCACAGGUAUGUACUUUUCAGUAUUUAAUACCCACGCUUUGUGAACCUUCUGGCCAUGUAUCACUGUUGGAGCCUGACUAUUUGAGAAUAAGGCCCCCUUUUUACUCCUUUUUUUUCACCACUGUUGUCUCUAAUUGAGUCACCUAAUCGUCAUGACUAGGUUUAUGUUGUGUCCUCAAGAGGGUCAUGUCUGCAUUGGAGUACAUGUAGUUUUGAAUAUUUAUUUAUUCUUAUACCUUCGAGGUCAUUGUCGCAACAAUUGUUUCAUCUUGACAUUUUCAUUGUCUUUCCUCAGCAUGUUAAGAAGGAGUGUCAAGAUGAACGACAACUCUUUGGGAUCAUUAACUGUAGGGUAGGUUUUUGUUUUCUUAGUUCAGGAUGCAAGUUCAAGAUAAGAUCUGUUAUAGUAAAUAUUCAGACCAUGAGUGAAAUGCUACCUGUUUUACGUAUUCCUACUACAGAGUGCAAUGGAGUUUACCUUCAGUGGUUGUUUUGUUAUUUCCACGUUGCUUACCUUGAGACUAGCAGAGAUACAGAAAUGCUUUAAAGUCACUGACCAUGUCAAAGGUCAGUGCACUACGUCAGUGAGCCCCAAGUCAACAACACUAUCUUAAUUCAAUCCACUUUUUAAUUCACGAUGCUCGCCAUUUUCACGGAUUUUAGUUUGCUCUACAUUUUUACAUUUUCGUGUUUCUUCGUAUCACCAAGUACAACCAUGCCGCCACCUUUGCCUCGAAGUGAAAUCCUCCUGCAUUCACCAUUUUCGUUCAAGCAACAUACCAUACCAUGGCCAUCCAAACUGCACUGCUCAAAACUACCAUCUCCUCCUCAAGUUUGUAUAUCUCCGCCCUUAUCAUCAACAUCGCCUUCUCCUGUCUCUGUCCCUGUGUCGUCGUCAUUGCCACAUUGCCAUCUUCAAGACGUUCGCCAUUUUCAACUUCCUCACCGUCUUCGACCUCGCAGCCUACCUUAUCAGCAUUUUCUCCGUUCUUCAACUCGCCACUAUCUUCAACACAAGACCUCAUCCUUGCAGUUUCAUUACCUUUAUUAUGUUUGGCUGUUUUGCUGCCUUUAAUUAUACUUUACGUCCGCCGUCUAUUAUUUCCACGCAGUCAACCACCUGCAUCAAAUGAUGCAAGCGUCAUUUUUACUCCCCACACAGCACCGCCAUGGCACCUAUUCCAUCAUCAUCACCAACGCCACCGUCUUCGCCUCAACCAUCAGGGGCACCCAACGAGAAUAUAGUUCAAAACCACAUAAACAUAGCAUUGUUGAACGUACUUUAGUAUUUAAACGGUAGAUAAAGGCUUAUUUUUAUCCCCUAAAAAUUUUUCAUCUGUUCGGAUUCCCUAGCUGAAAGUAUAGUGAUCCGAAAAUUAUAGGGAUCAAAAUUUACCUUUUCGAAAAUUUCAGCCGAAAAAAAGGCUCCCGAAAAUUCUAGGUGACCUUUUUAGGGUAAAAAUCCGUUAAAAAUGGGCAAUUAUACCACUUUUUUGAUGUUCGAAAAUCCUAGGAGAGGCAGGCAAGCAAGAAAUUUUACAGAAAAUGAUCCGAAAAUUCUAGAUCUCAAAUCGUCUUCCGAACAGAUAAUUUUCCGAAAAUUGUCGUUGGGUGCCCCUGAACCAUCAGAAACACCAAUGCCUACUGGCAAAUUAUAUGAUAACAAUAUGCAAAGAUGUAUAAUUUAUUAUUUAUUAUUAGUAGCAAAAUUUACAGGAAUUGCAUGUUCAUUUCAAAAGUUAUAUGUAUGUUAAGUCUAUUAAAGUUCACACACAGUUUAUAAAGUAUUUAUUGAUUACCGUGAAAUUCAGACCACGGUAUGUACACAGCGUACAAAAUCGCGACAAAUGUGAAAACGUACACAGUUCUUUAUUAGGAGAAACUUACAACAUGUUAUUAUUUUGAAUAACAGUUCGAAAGAAUUGGUCUUUGAAUAAUGUACAUUACCAACAGUCAGUUCCCAUUAAUACCGGUCAGUUUGGUAUAGCUUGUUAUACCUAUCAUUUCCAUUUUUUCUUGCUAAAAAAGCCUGGGAAAUAACCUUUGAGGUCGCUACUUUCGGAGGGACGUUAUUUUCGGGGGAUCGCUACUUUUUUGGGAUAUAUUAUAGAGAGAGAAAACCUGUUCUAAUCAAACGCGUAAAAAGGCCAUAAAUGGGCUCAGAAACCACACAGGAAAGAAAAACAACUUAAGCUAGGCUAGCCGAUUUUUAUUUUAAUUCCUUUCAUAUUCGUAGGCUACAGAAACAAUCGCUUUCUCCCAUACAAAUCCUUAUAUUUCGAACAUUUCGAAACACUGCCGUAUUUCGAACGUAGGCCACCUGCUAGACUUUCUCAAAGUCGUUCGCAUGGUUUUCUGGUCUGGUGUGGUAGGACCCGGCGAGCUUUCGCUCGCUCCGGCGCUCGUACGAUCGCGCUUCGCGCUCAAAAGCGCGACUUGUGAGCAAGUCUAGCCACCUGUGUUUGCAUGAAUUUUUUUCACUGCCAUUGCCUGUGCAGGAAUUUUUUUCUUUUUUUGGGGGGGGGGGGAGGGGGUGGGGGGAUAUCCUACUCCCCCAAUCUUAAUCUUGACACUCCCCACAAUCUGAAUGCCUGAAACAGGAACUUUCACAUGGUACUGUUGUUUUUCAGAAUUUUACAAAAUGAAAUUUAAUUUUUUUUUCAGUUUUGACUUUGGCCAUCUUUGGCAGUUAAAGGGUUUUGUGUUAACCGACGGCAUUUACAAAUCGGGCGAAUCUUUCGAUUUCUCCGAAACUUCGAAAGUAGAUUUCGACACGAGCUUUAGCUGUUAAUUUUAGGAGCGUUGUCCAGUCUAGACUUCCGAAAAAGGCCUUCAUCUUCGCUCAGUCGGCCUCUUCGCGGUCUAACAAGUUCGCUUCGUACGCUUAGCUUUUCUGCUGUGAAUCUCGUGAGGUCGACUGACUUGUGGGCAAGUCUACGUCCAGUCCAGAGUAAUGUGCAACUUUCAUUUCCUAUGAUUUCAAGGCGGAUCUUUUUUGCUAAAAUUAAAAGUUUUCUUUUCUUUCUGGUGAAAAGCCCCAAAGAUCAUAUCAGAGUGGUCACGGGUGUGACCACUAUGAAAAACAAACAAACAAACACUGUCCAGCUACCUAGUGCAAAACAAACAAGCAGAAGCCAGCGUGCGCGCCCCUACUGACCUUGGACGAUAUUGUUUUGAGCGACUUAUUUAAACUUGUAAACUCUGUUAUAUACGGAUAAAAGCACAGCGUCGGUGCUGCGAUUCGCCUUUUUAAAAAAUGUAACUGAACUCAUAGUGUAACAAAAGGAAUCAGAAAUAGAGUAGACUUCAAAACAUUCAGUUUUCAAAAUAUUUUGCAAUCCUUUUGCGCGAAGCUCGCGUGCCUCUUACGUAGCGCGUGUGAGGCGAGAGGAUUUUUAUCGGAAUGUAGUGAUAGCGAUCAGCACACGAUUGAACGAAAACUAACUUUGUCAUUAUUACUAAUCUUUAGAACACAAUCUAGGUAGCUUUUUCUUAACGUUGUCGAGUCUUCUCCUUUCACCUAAUUCCCUGGUCCCGCGUAAAUAGGGCGAAUCUUUCGAUUUCGGCUCCGAAACUUCGAAGGUAGAUUUAACGGUUAAUUUUAGCAGCGUUGGCAGUGCAAGUUUUAUUUAAUGGUCGUUGAGAUUAAAAAAAAGAAGAAGAAGAAAAAGGACAGACGAAAUGGCGAAAAAAAGAAAACGUUCGUCGGUCGGCGAGUCGAACCCGCACUACAGUAACUCGCCGGUUCCCGUAGCCCGCGCGUUAACCACUUGCGCCAUCGAAGACACAACGUCUAUCAGUGUUAAUUUUUAAAAAAAGAAGCUUGUUUCCAACGAACGAGUAUCCUCCCAUGCAGGCGUUUUUAGGGGAGCUCGUCUUUGGGGAGGGAUGAAAAACGAGCUCCCCUAAAAACGCCUGCGUGGGAGGCUAACGAACGAGUGGCGGCUGUGAGACGCUUCGCUGAUUUCAUUUUUCAAGAUAACGAAAGAUUUCUUUUGUUUCUCGUUCGACUAAAGACCUCAAACAGCGCCGCUGAGUUAUCUGCUUACGUUUUUGCUCGAAAACAAAGCGCAAACCAGCGAAAAAAAGUACAGUGCUAAGGUGUUAUAUUAAAUUGGAGACCACUUGCAAAAACUCAGCUCAUUUGGACGAGAAAAAAAAAAAGACCAAAAUUCGACAUAGAAUGGUUACGCCCCGAUUUGCUGGUGAAAGUGAGAGACAGUUCCAUUAGUGGCUGACUUUUAUGAAUUUGUUGGUCAAUGCUUGAUUUAACUCCUAGCCAAGUGUCACGUGCACACAUCAUUGCAAGCUUGGAUCUAGGGUGAAUACAGACAGAUUUCCUAAACUAGCACCAAGGGUGCAAGCUUCAAAGGGGGUGCGGGCUUGCUCCCGCAGGACGUUUUUGGAUUUUAACUCCCUGAAGUCCCCUUUCUUGGGUUUCUGAGUCAUUCAGACAGGAUAUUGGCCAGUUCCAUUCUCCUCGGAUGAAGCUUUGCAAAUCGGCGGAUUAUUUCAUCAAGGUCAAUUUCCAUGUUUAUAGUGGAUAAUGAGCAAGAUUUCAACUUGGAAAGUUUUUUUAUNAAAAAAAGAAGCUUGUUUCCAACGAACGAGUAUCCUCCCACGCAGGCGUUUUUAGGGGAGCUCGUCUUUGGGGAGGGAUGAAAAACGAGCUCCCCUAAAAACGCUUGCGUGGGAGGCUAACGAACGAGUGGCGGCUGUGAGACGCUUCGCUGAUUUCAUUUUUGAAGAUAACGAAAGGAUUCUUUUGUUUCUUGUUCGACUAAAGACCUCAAACAGCGCCGCUGAGUUGUCUGCGUACGUUUGUACUCGAAAACGAAGCGCAAACCAGCGAAGAAAAGUACAGUGCUAAGGUGUCAUAUUAAAUUGGAGACCACUUGCAAAAAUUCAGCUCAUUUGGACGAGAAAAAAAAAAAGGUGAAAAAACAAUUCGACAUAGCAUGGUUACACCCCGAUUUGUCGGUGAAAGUGAGAGAAAGUUCCAUUAGUGGCUGACUUUUAUGAAUUUGUUGGUCAAUGCUUGAUUUAACUCCUAGUCAAGUGUCACAUGCACACAUCAUUGCAAGCUUGGAUCUAGGGUGAAUACAGACAGAUUUCCUAAAAUAACACCGAGGGCGCAAGCUUCAAGGGGGGUCCGGGCUUGCUCCCGCAGGACGUUUAUGGAUUUUAACUCCCUGAAGUCCCCUUUCCUGGGUUUCUGAGUCAUUCAGACAGGAUAUUGGCCAGUUCCAUUCUCCUCGGAUGAAGCUUUGCAAAUCGGCGGAUUAUUUCAUCAAGGUCAAUUUCCAUGUUUAUAGUGGAUAAUGAGCAAGAUUUCAACUUGGAAAGUUUUUUUAUUAAGAAUUUAUUGAGAGUGAGAAAUCUGACCAAUUUCCGUAAAACAGUGGAAACCGGUGUGAAUCCACGCCUGUAGUGAGUCAUCUAGGAUAUAGAAAUAAUCAAGCCUAAAUCCAACAAUCAAUUUUUCACCAGGCAGAUUUGGAAGGCAUCCCAGAAAUCACAGCAAACAUCACCUCUUUGUCCCUGGAUUUCCUUGUGGUCCACCCCUCUGUUCUAGAGGGAGACACUCAUGUCCAGGCUCCCUCUUUUCAGCCAUCACAGAUGCUCAAGGGACCCGAACUAAUGGGAAGAAAACUAAGAUUCAGGCCUCCUACUGAAUCCUUCCCUCUAUGUCACUAUUCUGCAAAGACACCCCAUGGUUUGCCUGUCCAAGGGAUAUAUCAGAUGCAGGUAAGAGAAUUGUUUUUACUAUUUAGAAUUGAAUGCAAUGGUUGUUGAUUGGCUUGCCUCUCCAGUAGUACAGUCCAACUUCCUUGAUAUGAACAUUUAGGGGACAAAACCAAGAGGUUUGAUUAUCAGAUGCUACUGAGGGAGAUUCAAUCAUUUUAUCUGGACUUGUCCUCUUAGAGGUUGCAUGUGAGACAGGGUCAUUGUUGUGUCACGUUGCACGGUGGGACUGUGUUUUGGGGACAAAAUUUGACCCAUUUUCCAGCACAGUGUUGUAAUAGGCAAUAAAAGAAUAGCCUGAGUGUCAGGCGUUUCUGGGGAAACAAUGAGCAACGAGAAUUGUGAAAUGCCCCCUCAAAAACAGUAUCAAAUCUCCUGUCUGCUCACCUCUAAGAAAGGCCUCACACACAGCUGGCUAAUGAAAGAAGUGAAAGCAUACCCAUAACAAUCCCAUAGGACAAAUGAACACAACACCAAAACCUCAAUUCCAAUUUCCAGAAACUCUCACUUUCAAAACGAGGCUAAGUACAAAACAUUUCUUGUGAAAAUGAGCGCUUUGAUUUAGCCUCGCUUUGAAACAGAGGCUAUGGGCAACUGGGAAAAAUGCCCUAUUCACCAUUUUCACAUAGACCAUAAUGCAGCUUGUUUACCCCAUAAAUUUACAAAACCAUCGUUUCCAGUUUCUCCAGGGUAUUACAGUCGUCCCAAGAGAAAUCGAAGACAAUGGUUAUCGCACAAUUCUGGGGGGUAAACAAGCUUCAUUAUCGUCUAUGUGAAAAUGGUGAAUUGCAGAAAAAAACCAAGACAUUUCCGUCAAAAUGCUUUCUUUGACUGUGGCUUCGCGGAUCUAGGGCAUCACCUAGGUUAGUAGCUUGGAAACCGCCGUCUGUAACAUUAAGGGUAGUCCACAGUAACCACUUAUAAUAUCCAAUACUAGAAUUAAAACUUUAACUGUUAAAAUAGAUCUUUUGUUUCUAUCCAGGGUGAUGGAAUUUAAUCUUGACACUCCCCACAAUCUGAAUGCCUGAAACAGGAACUUUCAAAAUUUAAUUUUUUUUUUCAGUUUUGACUUUGGCCAUCUUUGGCAGUGAAAGGGUUUUGUGUUAACCGACGGCAUUUACAAAUCGGGCGAAUCUUUCGAUUUCUCUGAAACUUCGAAAGUAGAUUUCGACACGAGCUUUAGCUGUUAAUUUUAGGAGCGUUGUCCAGUCUAGACUUUCGAAAAAGGCCUUCGUCUUCGCUCGGUCGGCCUCUUCGCGGUCUAACAGGCUCGCUUCGUGCGCUUAGCUUUUCUGCUGUGAAUCUCGUGAGGUCGACUGACUUGUGGGCAAGUCUAUGUCCAGUCCAGAGUAAUGUGCAACUUUCAUUUCCUAUGAUUUCGAGGCGGAUAAUUUUUGCUAAAAUUAAAAGUUAUCUUUUCUUUCUGAUAGGUGGAAUGCCCCAAAGAUCAUAUCAUAGUGGUCGCGGGUGUGACCAUUAUGACGGUUUUUUUUUUUAAAAAAAAAACCAACAAGCAAACACUGUCCAGAUACCUAGUGCAAAACAAACAACGAGAAGCCAGUGUGCGCGCGCCUACUGACCUUGGGCGAUAUUGUUUUGAGCGACUUAUUUAAACUUGUAAACUCUGCUAUAUACGGAUAAAAGCACAGCGUCGGUGCUGCGAUUCGCCUUUUGAAAAAAUGUAACUGAACUCAAAGUGUAACAAAAGCAAUCAGAAAUAGAGUAGACUACAAAACAUUCAGUUUUCAAAAUAUUUUGCAAUCCUUUUGCGCGAAGCUCGCGUGCCUCUUACGUAGCGCGUGUGAGGCGAAAGUAUUUUUAUCGUAAUGUAGUGAUAGCGAUCAGCACACGAUUGAACGAAAACUUUGUCAUUAUUACUAAUCUUUAGAACACAAUCUAGGUAGCUUUUUCUUUACGUUGUCGAGUCUUCUCCUUUCACCUAAUUCCCUGGUCCCGCGUAAAUAGGGCGAAUCUUUCGAUUUCGGCUCCGAAACUUCGAAGGUAGAUUUAAUUAAAUUUAGAAUUUAGAUUUUAGCAGCGUUGACAGUGCAAGUUUUAUUUAAUGGUCGUUGAGAUUAAAAAAAAGAAGAAGAAGAAAAAGGACAGACGAAAUGGCGAAAAAAGGAAAACGUCGGUCGGCGAGUCGAACCCGCACUUCAGGAACUCGCCGGUUCCCGUAGCCCGCGCGUCAACCACUUGCGCCAUCGAAGACAUAACGUCUGUCAGUGUUAAUUUUAAAAAAAAAAAGAAGCUUGUUUCCAACGAACGAGUAUCCUCCCACGCAGGCGUUUUUAGGGGAGCUCGUCUUUGGGGAGGGAUGAAAAACGAGCUCCCCUAAAAACGCUUGCGUGGGAGGCUAACGAACGAGUGGCGGCUGUGAGACGCUUCGCUGAUUUCAUUUUUGAAGAUAACGAAAGGAUUCUUUUGUUUCUUGUUCGACUAAAGACCUCAAACAGCGCCGCUGAGUUGUCUGCGUACGUUUGUACUCGAAAACGAAGCGCAAACCAGCGAAGAAAAGUACAGUGCUAAGGUGUCAUAUUAAAUUGGAGACCACUUGCAAAAAUUCAGCUCAUUUGGACGAGAAAAAAAAAAAGGUGAAAAAACAAUUCGACAUAGCAUGGUUACACCCCGAUUUGUCGGUGAAAGUGAGAGAAAGUUCCAUUAGUGGCUGACUUUUAUGAAUUUGUUGGUCAAUGCUUGAUUUAACUCCUAGUCAAGUGUCACAUGCACACAUCAUUGCAAGCUUGGAUCUAGGGUGAAUACAGACAGAUUUCCUAAAAUAACACCGAGGGCGCAAGCUUCAAGGGGGGUCCGGGCUUGCUCCCGCAGGACGUUUAUGGAUUUUAACUCCCUGAAGUCCCCUUUCCUGGGUUUCUGAGUCAUUCAGACAGGAUAUUGGCCAGUUCCAUUCUCCUCGGAUGAAGCUUUGCAAAUCGGCGGAUUAUUUCAUCAAGGUCAAUUUCCAUGUUUAUAGUGGAUAAUGAGCAAGAUUUCAACUUGGAAAGUUUUUUUAUUAAGAAUUUAUUGAGAGUGAGAAAUCUGACCAAUUUCCGUAAAACAGUGGAAACCGGUGUGAAUCCACGCCUGUAGUGAGUCAUCUAGGAUAUAGAAAUAAUCAAGCCUAAAUCCAACAAUCAAUUUUUCACCAGGCAGAUUUGGAAGGCAUCCCAGAAAUCACAGCAAACAUCACCUCUUUGUCCCUGGAUUUCCUUGUGGUCCACCCCUCUGUUCUAGAGGGAGACACUCAUGUCCAGGCUCCCUCUUUUCAGCCAUCACAGAUGCUCAAGGGACCCGAACUAAUGGGAAGAAAACUAAGAUUCAGGCCUCCUACUGAAUCCUUCCCUCUAUGUCACUAUUCUGCAAAGACACCCCAUGGUUUGCCUGUCCAAGGGAUAUAUCAGAUGCAGGUAAGAGAAUUGUUUUUACUAUUUAGAAUUGAAUGCAAUGGUUGUUGAUUGGCUUGCCUCUCCAGUAGUACAGUCCAACUUCCUUGAUAUGAACAUUUAGGGGACAAAACCAAGAGGUUUGAUUAUCAGAUGCUACUGAGGGAGAUUCAAUCAUUUUAUCUGGACUUGUCCUCUUAGAGGUUGCAUGUGAGACAGGGUCAUUGUUGUGUCACGUUGCACGGUGGGACUGUGUUUUGGGGACAAAAUUUGACCCAUUUUCCAGCACAGUGUUGUAAUAGGCAAUAAAAGAAUAGCCUGAGUGUCAGGCGUUUCUGGGGAAACAAUGAGCAACGAGAAUUGUGAAAUGCCCCCUCAAAAACAGUAUCAAAUCUCCUGUCUGCUCACCUCUAAGAAAGGCCUCACACACAGCUGGCUAAUGAAAGAAGUGAAAGCAUACCCAUAACAAUCCCAUAGGACAAAUGAACACAACACCAAAACCUCAAUUCCAAUUUCCAGAAACUCUCACUUUCAAAACGAGGCUAAGUACAAAACAUUUCUUGUGAAAAUGAGCGCUUUGAUUUAGCCUCGCUUUGAAACAGAGGCUAUGGGCAACUGGGAAAAAUGCCCUAUUCACCAUUUUCACAUAGACCAUAAUGCAGCUUGUUUACCCCAUAAAUUUACAAAACCAUCGUUUCCAGUUUCUCCAGGGUAUUACAGUCGUCCCAAGAGAAAUCGAAGACAAUGGUUAUCGCACAAUUCUGGGGGGUAAACAAGCUUCAUUAUCGUCUAUGUGAAAAUGGUGAAUUGCAGAAAAAAACCAAGACAUUUCCGUCAAAAUGCUUUCUUUGACUGUGGCUUCGCGGAUCUAGGGCAUCACCUAGGUUAGUAGCUUGGAAACCGCCGUCUGUAACAUUAAGGGUAGUCCACAGUAACCACUUAUAAUAUCCAAUACUAGAAUUAAAACUUUAACUGUUAAAAUAGAUCUUUUGUUUCUAUCCAGGGUGAUGGAAAUUCAGUACAGGUGUCUGUCCAGUUAAAACUCAGCUCAAAACUGAAAAAUUCCUUUGAGUAUUUUGAGGUGCAUCUUCCGUUCUUUCACAGGUUUGUUAUUUUAGAUCUAAAUCUCCAUCUAGAUUACAAGUGUAAGAUAGUUUCUGCCAUAGUACAGCGAAACAAGUACGAAAGCACAUCUCUCCCGCGAUAAGAUCGAAUACAAUACGCGGUUUCGCGGGAAAAGAUAUCACGCAAGCACGAGGACAAAAUAGUGAGAUUUUGAAUCGCUUUUAUGGCAAACGGCAAACUUGUACCAUGCGACCAUGUUUUCCUUUACUUGUUGUUUACUGUUCAAUAUGUCUUCACAAUGAUUUAGUGUCAGGUUUAUCCAGAAUUCUUUUGCAAAGUUUUUGUCCGCUCAUUUUAAGGAAUUAUAAUCUGAAUGUAAUUAUUAAACCCCGUGGUUUUUCUUUCCAGGCUUCCCCACCACUAGAAAAUUUGUAACUUUUCUUGCUGGAAAUCUAAUAAAUAAAUACAUUGUCAACCAGAAUCUAACGCUUGCUGUAUGCCGUUGGGUUUGCCGUAAACGUGAUUUAAAUCUCUCGCGCGCAAAUAAGAAAGAGCGAGGCACGCGAGUACCAAUAUCUUUCGAUGGGAGACUCGAUGCUUGACGAAUCCCUCUUUCACGCGCUAAGAUAUGAGACUGUGUUUUUUCUAAGCUAAAUGUUCAGAAUUAAGGAGUUAAUUGCUUUCAGAUUACCGACUUCUUUUCCUUAACGAUUGUUUUUUUUUAUUAUUAUUAUUAUUCCCUAGAGGCCCCGUUGUACGAGUAGAUACUGCGGGUCCUUCAACUGGUAGCAUGCUACUUUCUCCUGACAAAAGGCGCCUUGUAUGGGACGUAGGCAAGUUAUGCAGACUACGACACUACUUUACCGUAUAUAGGCUUAUAUUAAAUUACCUCAAUUUGCAGGUUGAAAAACUUAGCUGAGUUUCAACUGCAAAACGCGUCAACUCAUCUAUAUGUACUGAUGUACAUCGACAGUAUAUCAAAAGACUUGAAUGUUUACCUAAUCUUGCUUUCGUUUAUUCAAAUUCGACGUAAAAAUUGGCAGUUUUAGUCGCAAAACUGCAAGAGAAAGGAGUAGUUUUAAUAGCGGGCAAAAAUAGUAAUGGCAGCUUAGAACACAAGGCUCGUUUAUGUAAGGAAAGGAAUACUAACAUCGCCCCUUGUCAGUUUCUAACGAUCUUUGGUUUGCUCGUCGGCGUUUGAUUUUUUUUCUUCUUUUCUCUUCUGUGCCGCCCACCAAGGAAAAGCGAGGUAUUUCAGCGCAGCUAUAGAUCUGACGCACCUGAGCGUAAAAUCAGAACUGUUCCUUUCUUAUUACCUCUAGGUCAGAAGUUCCCCUCAAAGACGCUCGAAGCCUCACUAAAUGCUACUGUUCACUUUGGCGAGAAAAGACAACAGGCGGCCGAGAAUCAGCCGAUUGCAACGGGAUUUAUUGAGGAUCCUUUCUGUACCGGGAUCAACAGUUAUGCGCAGGUCUGUGAACAUGGUAAAGUACUCUAACUCUUAAGCAUCGUUCACACGGCACCGGACAAAUUUUCGACCAGUUGAAAAUUCGUGCGUUUAGGUGUUCCGUUCACACGGAAUGACCUUUACGGUACGAAAAUUAAGACGCCUGGCCGUUCAAAGUUCCGUGUGAACUGAGCGAAAAAAUUGAAAGGUCCCGUGUGAACAGUGUUGGCGGUAAAAGUUUUUUCAGCGGGUCGAAAAUUCGUCCGGUGCCGUGUUAACGUAGCCUCACACCCGGUUCAAACGUCCCAUUUCAUAUGUGUCGAAUUUAAUGCUAACGAGACAAAUCUAUUGUUAUCGCUCAUUUGCAUUAAUAAGAAAUAAUAAUAAUGAACUUUAUUAAAGUCUCAUGUCUUAUAGCUCAGGCAGAGUACCUUACUAAUUGGGGAGACUUGCAUUAGAUUGGUACACCUGAAAUGCGACGUUUGAACCGGCACAAAGGGCCAGUUUACAUGGAGGUGGGGGACCCCAGGUAGGUGAGGUAACCCCCUUAGGUGGGGUAACUCGCCUGUCCAUAUAAUCUCUCAUUUUAAUUUGAUCACGUUUACAUGAUAGGUGGGUUGACCCGCCACAUGUUACCUCACCUAUCUGGGGUCCCCCACCUCCAUGUAAACAGGCCCUAAGGCCUAGGCCAAACGUCGAACUUUUCAUGAGGCGAACCAAAGUCUAAUUUCGUUCGACCUAAAUUAAGUUAAGAUCGUGUGUUGUGUCAGACGUCGUACUUAGGAUGCGUCGAACCAAUCAAAUGAAUCAGAUCAGUGAUAAGUUCGUAGAAACUUUUAAUUUAUUAGUUUAGUUCGUCGCAUGUGAAGAUCGACGUUUGUCCCGAGACGAUCUUAAAACGUUCUAUCCGUCUGAAGUAGACGGAUAGAACCUGUUGGACGAUCGAUCCAAACUCAUAUAACUGAGCCAGACUUCGAACUUUUCAUGAACGUAACUCACUAAAGGUGCGUAAAAACGUGCAACUUGUCGUGCAACAUUGCUGCCGGCAGAACAAGUUGAAUAGCGAUCUUUCGCGUUUUACUAGUCACGUUCAAACUUGUUAACAUCCUGAUUUGUUGCAAGACAGGUUUGAUGUGGGUGAUAAAAAGCGCAACAUCGCCAUUCAACUUCUUCUGCAGCAAUGUUGCAAGACAAGUUACACGUUUUUUUGUUGCCCGUUUUUACGCACCUUAAGUGUGGUUCGUCUCAAGAAAAGUUUGACGUUUGGCCUAGGCCUAAGAGUUAUAAUGCUCCAGUUACCGUAUUUAUUCGAAUAAGCGCCCAACCUCGAAUUAGCGCUCACCUCGAAUAAGCGCCCAUCCUAAGGGCAGAAAAAGUUAAUAAGCGCCCAGCCUCGAAUAAGUGCCCACCCCACCCCACUCCCUCCCACAAAAACUCCAAUAAGAUAUAAUAAUAGACCCUCCCGAAAACGGAGUUUUCUUCAGGAUAGUAUUGUACAGAAACCUUGCUUUGUUACAUCUUCGCUUUUUGUUAUUUAUAGCAUUUACUGUUUUGUUGCAAAAUAUACUACUACACUUGCUGAGAAUGGUGAAAAUUUCAUAAGCGCCCAGCCUCGAAUAAGCGCCCACCUCGAAUAAGGGCUCACUCUCAAGGUCCAAAAAUUUAAUAAGCGCCCAGGGCGGUUAAUCGAAUAAAUACGGCAUUUUAGGAGUUCCUUUGAGCGGUACUUUUCUGACGGUGGUAAUGUUUGUUUAGCUGUGCGAGGUGAUUUUCACUUUUGAGUCUGUGUGUGAAAUCCUCCGGGUGGGGGGAAGUUAAGAAGAAGACAACGCAAAGUCGCCGUCUGGUGUUUACGCCCUCCGAUCCAUAGAACGUCACUCGAGGGAAUUUCACGUCGUAGUCGUGCUGGCCCCGGUUGUUCAAACGUUAGAUAGCGCUAUCCGCCGGAUAAAUCACUAUCCAGCAGGUAAGUAUUAGGGAAAUCAAUUACGCUAUCCGCUGGAUCAGAUUCAUCCGGUGGAUAGCGCCAUCCAACGUUUGAACAACCGGGGCCAGAAGUGUAUAAAAAGUGUGCUGCACGUGCAAAGCUGUUGUUCUGUUUAUUAAACAUAAUAUUCUUUAGUUCGCGUUGGGGUCGCCGUCGGGGUUGCUUUAGCUCUCCUUUUUAAAUCACUGUACUCUCUCUUUUUUUGUUUCGAUUCUGGCAGGUAUUUUUUAAGAUACAAGACUUCACAUUGUCAGGAUGUGCUAUAGAUCCAAGAUCUUUGGUUGUUUAUCCUAGCGGGAAGUACAAGUUAACUAUAAGUAAGUUUUCUUCCAUUGUUCAAAAUAAAAAGUAUACCCGUCCCGCAUUCCUGUGA